CCCCGCAGGUGUCACACCAACCAAAAGCCAACGUCGCCAUGCGGGACCCAUCCCUUCAUGAUGUGGUGACCGCAGCCGCUGCACCCACGGUGCCGAAGAAGGUGUGCCAAUGGCAACCGUUAUUGGAGGCUUGCACUGCGGGGCGCCGUUUCAGCGCUCGGUCGGCCUUCCUGUGCGGGCCAGAGGAUCUUCCUGUGAGGAUCAGAGGAAAAAGCAGCGCUUUCGAUGAAGUAGUGGAGGAGACCAAGGAAGAGGCACCGGCCACUCCCGAGAAAGAUGAGGCUCCAGAGGCACCGGCAAGUCCCGAGAAAGAGGAGGCUCCAGAGGCACAGGCCAGUCCUGAGAAAGAGGAGGCUCCAGAGGAGCAUCCAGCCCAUUCUGAUGGCGUGAACCCGCAGUGUACUCAGACGCGCCAGGCGGGCGUUGCCAGAUGCUGCUUAUGCAUGAAUGGUGAAGCCAUUUGGUCCCAGGAUGGAAGCUGUAAGCAUUGCAAAGACAAUGGCGGCAUCAAGGAUUGCUCUGAAGUGGACGAAAACUGCAAACCUGGAUCCAUUAGCUGGCCCAUGAAGCACCAGGACCAUCAGAAGAUGUGGAAUGAAGAAGACGAUUCCCGCGGCGCAAUCUGUGCCGAGAGCUGUGCUGAACGCUGGAUCUCCAAGAUCAAUGGGGAGAUGAACAUCCCAAGCGCCCAGCCCUUGCAGAAGGCCCGCGACUUGACCAAGCAGGCGGAAUACCAGGCCCGGGUCGGUGUGGGCUCAGGAAUUCCAUUUUCUUAA